AGCUGAGCCAAUGACUCUUGGCUCCCCAACAUCUCCAAAACCAGGAGCUAGUGCUCAGUUUCUUCCUGGAUUCUUGAUGGGUGAUUUACCUGCGCCAGUGACUCCGCAACCACGUGCUUUAAGUGGCCCUUCAGUUGGUGUAAUGGAAAUGAGGUCUCCGCUACUUGCAGGAGGAUCUCCCCCACAACCAGUUGUCCCUACGCAUAAAGAUAAAAGUGGUGCUCCACCAGUUAGAAGCAUAUAUGAUGAAUUAUCUAGUCCUGGACUUGGAUCAACGCCUCUAACCUCCAGAAGACCAGCCAGCUUUUCCCUAACACAGAGCCCAUUGGUUGGAACUAUGCCAUCAACUCCUGGAACAGCUUCAAGUAUGUUCAGUCCUGCAAGUAUUGGGCAGCCUAGGAAGACUACCCUGUCUCCUGCUCAGCUAGAUCCUUUUUAUACUCAGGGUGAUUCCCUGACUUCAGAAGAUCAGCUUGAUGACACAUGGGUAACUGUAUUUGGAUUUCCUCAAGCAUCAGCUUCGUAUAUUCUUCUACAGUUCGCUCAGUAUGGAAACAUAUUAAAGCAUGUGAUGUCCAACACAGGAAACUGGAUGCAUGUUCGAUAUCAGUCUAAGCUUCAAGCCCGGAAAGCCUUAAGCAAAGAUGGAAGAAUUUUUGGUGAAUCUAUCAUGAUUGGCGUCAAGCCAUGUAUAGAUAAAAGUGUGAUGGAAAACUUUGAAAGAAGCUCUACGUCCUCAAUGUCUUCAGUUUUCACUCCACCUAUGAAAUCAGUCGGCACACCAGUACAACCUGCAAAUAAUACUACAAGGAUUUCUACAAUGAGACCUCUUGCAACAGCAUAUAAAGCUUCCACUAGUGACUAUCAGGUGGUUUCUGACAGACAAACUCCUAGGAAAGAUGAAAGUAUUGUAUCUAAAGCAAUGGAAUAUGUGUUCGGCUGGUAAUAUGCAAGAGGAAGUAACACACUAAGUUGGUCAGGGUUUGAAAUAUGCUACUGGCAUCUGUGGUUAGUUGUAUAACUACUGGUGGCAGUAUUUUAACAUCUCACCUGUUAUGCCUUCAGUUAAUUCAGCAGACAUGUAGCUUGCACUUUAAGUAGCGGCAAUGUACACAUGGUUUGAAAAACUGAGUAAGUGUAAAUAUAAGUGCUUUUUCCCCAUU